ACGUCGGGAUUUGAAGUGAUGAAAAUUGUCUUCUUAAAGUGUUAAUUCGGGAGAAGAUUUUAGUUGCAUUUUGUGAUGAAAGUCUUAGCGAAGGUGCUGGUGGCUUUGCUGGUCACGUUGUGUUACGCGACCAAGAAUGACACGGUUUUUGUGGCCACAGAUGAGUGGCAGGAAAUCGGCGACGGUCAAGCAAUUCCACAAGGACUGCACGUGCGGAUAAAUCUUCAAACGGGUAAAAAGGAAGCCAAGCUGCUGGAGCAAGAGUCUAACGACACCAGCAGGUCGACACUGUCGACCGUUCCGGGCGCAACCGUGCAGGACCAUGACGUGGGCAACUCGGAAAGGCUCGCCAAUAUGGAGAAGUUGAAGGAAGCGCUGCAGCGCAUUCCGACGGACGAUUUUAAGUUUGACGAAAAUGAACUAAAAAAGGUCAAAGCCAAGUUCAAGAGCUACGAAGAGAUCCGACAAGAACUAAAGGAUGCCCAGCUGGAAAUCAAAACCGACAGUGACAUCAUGGCCGACCUGUUUGAACAUUUUAAUGAGAUCCGCGAAGCGGGUCGAUUAGCCGAGGCGGCGGUCAAAACAGAGCUGGAUGUGAUAUUUGAAGAUCUGCAAUACCUAGUUCACCAAAUUGACAACGCGGUAGACUUCAUCAGUCGCCAAGGAAUAGAGCAGAUCAUCUGGCCGGCGCUCAACCAAACGGAAUCUUCCACGCUGAAGGUUCAUGGCUUCAAGCUACUCGCAACCGUCGUCCAGAACAACCCAAAAGCCAAGGUGGCACUGUUUGAACGCAACGGCGGAGGCAUCCUACUGACCAAGCUGUCUCAAUCCAGCGACACGAGCGAAGUUUCAGCCGGACUCUACGCGCUGGGCAGCUUGCUCCGUAAAUUCCCCUUUGCCCAAACGGAACUUCUCAACCCCCACGGGUACAGUCUCCUCUUCGAGAUAUUCAACAAGAAGGUCGACCUGCGGGUCAAGUUCAAAGUCGUCAAACUCAUCUCCGAUCUCGUCCAAGACUACGAUCAUGCCCUGACCGCACCGGAAGUCGACGCCCUCACCAAGGAACAAUACCGAUCAACCAAUCUCAAAGAAGGUCUACUGAAAGCCGACUACUGUAACCAGGCCCGAGAGUUCUUCCACCACAACAAGGUCGGCUUCGCGCAAGACGAGAAUCUCACCGAGGAGAUUGUGGAGGCGUUGCGUAGCGUUAGUGCGAAUAUGUGUGCGGACACGUGGUCGCGCUGCGCCCUGUUCCGGCAUACGCUGCUGGUGCUGCGAAACACGCUGGAUACGCGACUGGGCGAACUUGGCGGCAAGGAUGGAGCGUACUUGGGCGAGGUUCAGGCGGAAGUGGUGCGGUUUCUGGAGGAACUGUACGGCAAGCCGAAGGAGAGUCGCGAUGAGCUGUGAGGUCGGACGGGUUUGGUGGACUAGGUGUAGAGAGAGUUGAAGAUUGAAUAAAUUAUUUAUUUUGUUUUG